AAUGAAAUUUUACAAUUAGCCCAAUCAGCGGCCAGCUCCAGGAUGUCACUGCAGGCAAGUCAGAAGGGUUGGCAAAACUAGGCAGAGUGCUUGCGCCACAGUAAAAAGCCAUCGAUUGAAGUCCCUACCCAGUUCCUUGGGAGUCAGCUACGAGCCUACCAACUCAAAGACCCUUCUGACCGCUCCCCGCUGCAGAGAGUGUUUCAUUUCGUACGUAAAACCGCUGAAAGCGACAGCACAUACGCCUGCGGAAAGCAAGUGCAGCGAUUACAUCUCUGCAAAGGCAAAGAGAAGGGACUGUGUCUGGGAUGGGAGGGAUCGCAAGUCCGCUGGCUCGGAGAGUCCUCAGCGCGGCAUAGUUGCUGAAGAGGGUAUCGCUACUCGGAGGGGAGUGUUGAUGGGAAUCUGCUGCUAUUUCUUCUCUUCUUGACAAGGAAAUUAAACAUUGCUUCCGAGGAUUUGCCUUCGACAAAGUCAGCUGUGAAGCAUCAAGGGCCAAGUGGAUUGCUUAAAAACGCAUUUUGUUCUUUUUUAACACCCUUCUUGGUUGUCAUUUUGGAGUAAGGGAGUUGGGAUUCCUUGGGAUCCGCAGUGUCAAUGCGACUGCGGCUGUGAACAGAAAACCGCAGCGAAAAUAGGCACAGAAUGUCCUCAACCUCCAGGGUGGCCUGAAACAAGGAACGUGGCUGAGAGCACUGGACCGAGACCGACUCUUCCCCCUCCCCCUCCUGCGCCACCACAGACUCUCGGACCAUGGCGUCCACCACGAGGAAAUGGACCUUUCUGAUCUUUUACUGCUUCCUGUCCACGCUGGCGCUCCCGCUCUCUGCCUCCCGGCACCAGACCCCGCCCACCAUCGUCGCUGACGACUACCACACGUUCCAUUCCGAGAACUCAGAGAUGACCUUCAACCACGUGGCCGUGGACAAACGGAACGGGAAUGUGUAUUUGGGCGCGGUAAACCGCAUCUACAAACUGUCGCCUGGCCUGGAGGUGCAGGUGUCUCACCAGACAGGGCCAGACGAGGACAACCGUGACUGCUACCCUCCCCGCAUAGUGCAGCCCUGUGGCGAGCCGCUAACGCUCACCAACAACGUCAACAAGAUGCUGCUGAUGGACUACCGCGAGAACCGGCUGCUGGCUUGCGGCAGCCUGUACCAGGGCAUCUGCAAGCUGCUGAGGCUGGAUGACCUCUUCAAGCUGGGCGAGCCCUUCCACAAGAAGGAGCACUACCUGUCGGGUGUCAACGAGAGCGGCUCGGUCUACGGCGUCAUCGUGUCUUACACGGGCGACGCCACAGACAAGCUGUUCGUGGCCACGGCGGUGGACGGCAAGCCCGAGUACUUCCCCACCAUCUCCAGCCGCAAGCUGGAACGGAACUCCGAGGAGGACGGCAUGUUCGCGUACGUCUUCCACGACGAGUUUGUGGCCUCCAUGAUCAAGAUCCCCUCGGACACCUUCACCGUGGUGCCCGACUUUGACAUCUACUACAUCUACGGCUUCAGCAGCGGCAACUUUGUGUACUUCCUCACGCUGCAGCCGGAGAUGGGCGGAGGCUCGACCGCUGGGUCUUCGGCCGCUGGCAGGGAGCAGGUCUACACCUCCAAGCUGGUGCGUCUCUGCAAGGAUGACCGGGCCUUCAACUCUUACGUGGAGGUUCCGUUGGGCUGCGUCAAGGGCGGGGUGGAGUACCGGCUUCUACAGGCGGCCUACCUGUCCAAGGCCGGCUCCAUCCUGGCGAAGUCGCUGGGCGUGGGACCCAAUGACGACGUGCUGUACGCCGUCUUCUCCAAGGGCCAAAAGAGGCGGCCCAAGGAGUCGUCACAGGAAUCGGCGCUGUGCGUUUUUGCCCUGCGGGAGAUCAACGAGCGCAUCAAGGACCGCCUGCAGUCCUGCUACAAAGGGGAAGGGACGCUGGACCUGGCCUGGCUCAAGGUCAAGGACAUCCCUUGCAGCAGUGCGCUCCUCACCAUUGAUGACAACUUCUGUGGUCUGGAUAUGAAUGCUCCGCUGGGCGUGUCAGAGAUGGUGCGCGGGGUUCCGCUCUUCUCCGAGUCCUCCGACAGGAUGACGUCCGUCAUCGCCUACGUCUACAAGAACCACUCGCUGGCCUUCGUGGGCACAGAAGGAGGCCGCCUCAAAAAGAUCCGGGUGGAAGGGCCGUCCCAUGGUGCCCUGCAGUACGAGACCUUGCAGGUGGUGGAGAAGGGCCCCAUCCUGCGAGACAUGGCGUUCUCCGCCGACCAGCACUACCUCUACAUCAUGUCCGACACACAGCUGACACGGGUGCCAGUGGAGAUGUGUGAGCUGUACUCCAGCUGCGGUGAGUGCCUGGGCUCUGGAGAUCCCCAUUGUGGCUGGUGUGUCCUGCAUAACAUGUGCACAACAAAGGAGAAAUGUGAGCGCUCCUCAGAACCCCGGCGCUUCGCCUCCGACAUCAAGCAGUGCGUGCGCCUCAGCGUCCACCCCAACAACAUCUCGGUCUCUCAGUACAACGUCAUGCUGGUGUUGGAGGCCCAUAACGUGCCAGAGCUGUCUGCCGGGGUGAACUGCACCUUCGAGGACCUGGCGGAGAUGGACGGCCUGGUGGAGGGAAACCGCAUCAGGUGCAGCUCGCCCACCGAGAAGGACGUCCCUCGCAUCAUCAUCGACAAAGGUGACCAUCAGAUUGUGCAGCUCUACCUCAAGUCCAAGGAGACCGGUCUGGCCUUCGCCAACACCAGCUUCGUCUUCUACAACUGCAGCGUCCACAAAUCGUGCUUGUCCUGUGUGGGGAGUCCAUACCAGUGCCACUGGUGCAAGUACCGCCACGUCUGCACACACGACCCACGGACCUGCUCCUUCCAAGAGGGCCACGUCAAGCAACCCGAGGAGUGUCCUCAACUUCUCUCGGCGGACCGGAUCAUGGUACCGGUGGGUGUGGUGAAGCCCAUCACCCUGAGGGCCAAGAACCUGCCCCAGCCACAGUCGGGCCAGCGGGGCUACGAGUGUGUGCUCACCAUCCAGGGAGUGGAGCAGAGGGUCCCGGCCCUACGCUUCAACAGCUCCAGCGUGCAGUGUCAGAACACCUCAUAUUCGUAUGAUGGGAUGGAUGUGAGCAGCCUCCCGGUGGACCUGACGGUCAUCUGGAACGGUGACUUCAGCAUUGAUAACCCCGCUGAAAACAAAGUUCACCUGUAUAAGUGUGACGCGCGGCGCGAGAGCUGUGGCCUGUGCCUGAAGGCUGACCCGCUCUUCGGCUGUGUGUGGUGCCGGCAGCUAGCGGGGUCGGGUGGAGAGGGCCGCUGCACCCUCAAGCAGCACUGCCCCUACCCCGAGAGCACGUGGCUCGAGCACAACGGCCUCAACAGCAAGUGCACCCACCCCAAGAUCACCAAGAUCACACCCCUGAGAGGACCUCGCGAGGGGGGAACCCUGGUCACGAUCCGUGGCGAGAACCUAGGGCUGACGUUUGACGAGAUCGAGGGGAACGUGAAGGUGGCGGAUGUGGAGUGUCGCCCUGUGCGGGAGGGGUACAUCCCUGCAGAGCAGAUUGUCUGUGAGAUGGGCAAAGCAGAGAGGAGCCAGUUUGCAGGAGGUGUGCAGGUCUGCGUGGGCGAAUGCAGACCAGAGUUCAUGACCAAGACCUCCAAGUACUACUACUUUGUGGUUCCCCGAUUGCUUCACCUGACGCCCAACCGAGGGCCUGUUUCUGGAGGAACCGUCGUAAACAUCACCGGGAGCAACCUGGAUGCCGGUAGUAACGUGUCCAUCACGUUCAAGGACCAGAGUUGCACCUACCAAAGGAGGGCGGGGGUGUGGAUCACCUGCAAGUCGCACGUCUCCCCCCACGGUGUCGGGAACGUGACGGUGUCCGUGAGCGUGGACAAGGCCCACCUCCAGAGGGACCUGCGCUUCGAGUACGUGGAGGACCCCACCAUCACCAGGCUGGAGCCCGAGUGGUCCAUCUUCAGUGGGAACACACCAGUGACUGUGACAGGAACCAACCUGGACAUCAUUCAGAGUCCCCUCAUCAGGGCCAAGUACAAGACCCUGGAGACAGUGAAUACGUGCCAGGUGCUGAGCCCCACCACCAUGCUGUGCCAGGCCCCGGAGCUGCCCGUCAGCCUGAGCCGGCAGCAAGAGGUGGUGGAGCGGCCCGACGAGUUCGGCUUCAUCCUGGACAACGUGGAGGCCGUGCUAGCGCUCAACAACACCAGCUUCCUCUACUACCCCAACCCUGUGUUCGAGUCGCUCAGCCCGUCCGGCGUGCAGGAGCUAAAGCCCGGCUCCCCCAUCAUACUGAAGGGAAGGAACUUCCUGCCACCCACCCCUGGCAAUGGCAAGCUGAACUACACAGUGCUGAUAGGGGAGACUCCGUGCACGCUCACAGUGUCUGACACACAGCUGCUCUGCGAGUCCCCCAACCUGACGGGACGCCACAAAGUCCUGGCUCGAGUGGGUGGCAUUGAGUUCUCACCUGGCGUCGUCCACAUCACGUCAGAUAGUCCGCUGAGCAGCACGGCCAUCAUCAGCAUCGCCGGUGCCGGGGGCCUCCUCAUCCUCUUCAUCGUGGUGGUGUUGAUCGCGUACAAGCGCAAGUCCCGCGAGAGUGACCUCACCCUCAAGCGGCUGCAGAUGCAAAUGGACAACCUGGAGUCCCGCGUGGCCCUAGAGUGUAAAGAAGCCUUUGCCGAGCUGCAGACUGACAUCCACGAGCUGACCAGUGACCUCGAUGGUGUUGGGAUCCCUUUCCUGGAUUACCGGACCUACACCAUGAGAGUCCUCUUCCCUGGCAUAGAGGAGCACCCAGUCCUACGCGACCUCGAGGUUCCCGGCUACCGGCAGGAGCAGGUGGAGGAGGGCCUGAAGGUGUUCGGGCAGCUGAUCAACAACAAGGUCUUCCUGCUGAGCUUCAUCCGCACGCUGGAGUCGCAGCGCGGCUUCUCCAUGCGCGACCGCGGCAAUGUGGCCUCGCUCAUCAUGACCGUGCUGCAGAGCAAGCUGGAGUACGCCACCGACGUGCUCAAGCACCUGCUCUCCGACCUCAUCGACAAGAACCUGGAGAGCAAAAACCACCCCAAGCUGUUGCUUCGCAGGACAGAGUCUGUGGCCGAGAAGAUGCUGACCAAUUGGUUCACGUUCCUGCUGUACAAGUUCCUAAAGGAGUGUGCCGGCGAGCCCCUCUUCUCCCUGUUCUGUGCCAUCAAGCAGCAGAUGGAGAAGGGCCCCAUCGACAACAUCACCGGAGAGGCCCGCUACUCCCUCAGCGAGGACAAGCUUAUCCGACAGCAGAUUGACUACAAGAUUUUGGUGGUGAACUGCAUUCAUCCAGACAACGAGAAGAGCCCAGAGAUCCAGGUGAAGGUGCUCAACUGCGACACCAUCAGCCAGGUGAAGGAGAAGAUCCUGGACGCCGUCUACAAGAACGUGCCCUACUCGCACCGCCAGAAGGCCUCAGACAUGGAUCUGGAAUGGCGCCAGGGCAGAGGGGUACGCGUCAUCCUGCAGGAUGAGGACGUCACCACCAAGAUCGAGAGUGACUGGAAGAGACUCAACAUGCUGGCACAUUACCAGGUCACUGAUAACGCAGUGGUAGCAUUGGUGCCCAAGCAGGUCACUGCAUACAAUUCAGUGAACAACUCCACCGUUUCCAGAACCUCUGCCAGCAAAUAUGAGAACAUGAUCAAGUACACCACGGGCAGCCCCGACAGCCUCCGCUCCCGCACGCCCAUGAUCACGCCCGACCUGGAGAGCGGCGUCAAGGUCUGGCACCUGGUCAAGAACCACGAGCACGGCGACCAGAAGGAGGGCGACCGCGGCAGCAAGAUGGUGUCCGAGAUCUACCUGACCCGGCUACUGGCCACCAAGGGCACCCUGCAGAAGUUUGUGGACGACCUGUUCGAGACCAUCUUCAGCACAGCACACAGAGGCAGCGCCCUGCCCCUGGCCAUCAAGUACAUGUUUGACUUCCUGGACGAGCAGGCGGACAAGCACAGCAUCCACGACCCCCACGUCAGACACACUUGGAAGAGCAACUGCCUACCUCUGCGUUUCUGGGUGAAUGUUAUAAAGAACCCCCAGUUUGUCUUCGACAUCCACAAGAGCAGCAUCACGGAUGCCUGCCUGUCUGUGGUGGCCCAGACCUUCAUGGACUCCUGCUCCACCUCAGAGCACCGCCUGGGCAAGGACUCGCCCUCCAACAAGCUGCUCUAUGCCAAGGACAUUCCCAGCUACAAGAGCUGGGUGGAAAGGUACUAUUCAGACAUUAAUAAGAUGCAGGCCAUUAGCGACCAGGACAUGAAUGCCUACCUGGCUGAGCAGUCCCGUAUGCACAUGAGCGAGUUCAACACCAUGAGCGCCCUCAGCGAGAUCUACUCCUACGUGGCCAAAUACGCUGAAGAGAUUGUGUGCGCGCUGCAACAGGACGAUUCCGCCAGGAAGCAGAAGCUGGCCUCGAAGCUGGAGAAGGUGAUCGGCUUCAUGACCCUGGAGAGCUGAGGACCGCAUUUCCCAGAGCACACUGGGAGAUCCCGUCAGAGAAACCGCGCCGUGCCUGAGCGAAGAACCUGUCCAUCUAUCUCAUCUCUCUGUUAAUCCCAAAAAAAAGAGACUACAACCAGUUCCCUUUUAUCUUCCCACUCAGACAAACAAACCAACAAACUUUUGCAUCACUUUAGCUCUGCUUCCUAGACGAGUAGAGGUGAAGGGGCUAGAGGGCUGCGGCACCAAGGACCACAUUUCCCAAGAUGCAAUGGGGGAAGGUUGUGUUCCUGUUCCGCAGCAUAGAAAGAGUUGGGGGCCGUGAGGGAGAAAGGUUGUUUGUUGACCUGUCUCCUUAUGACCCUCAACUGGCAGAGAGAGCGAGAAAGCAGUCAUGUUUAUGUUGCCUUCAAAAAUAACACUAAUAGCAAAGUCUUUGAAACCGCCAUGUCGGCUGUUCAAUUUGUUCUGACUUUUAUGAUUAGGAUAGUGAUCGAAGCUACUUAUAGAGUCCAGUUAAUUGUAGAACCUUAUAAAAAAUCCAUCACAAAUGCAAGACUAGGGAAUGGUUCAUGCAUACGAGGACUGCAGACCCUAUGACCAUCUACGAGGACAUUUAUCGCAAACAAUGACAACAACCAAUGGAGUUUACAAAGGUACCUUCUACAAGUCAACUGAAUUCUACAUAUCUGUGUGGGUGGAGACCAGUGGAGUGUCCAAUGCAAACCCCACAUUAACACGUGUUUGAGAUUGACGUGUUCAAAAGACUCAAAAAUAGGGUUUCUAAGGAGUCCGGUAGUGCUUCUAGACUUUGUUUUAAACUCCUUGGACUCUUGACUGUGUAAAAGAGUCCUCGUGUGGCAUCAGCAAAACGUGUCCCCCUCAACAAUUUGCCCCCCACCUAAAAAAAAAACCCCAAUCCUUUGUGAUUUAGCUCCUCCACAGUACACACCUGACUGUCUUGUGUGCAAAAUGAAAUUCAAAGAAUGCUCCCCCUAUUCGGUAUUGCAUGGAGGACAUGCCAAGGUUUUUGAUCCCACCAGAGGAAGCACACAUCCAACCCAACCUCAGUGACCUGACUUCACUCCACAGCAGAAGGGGAAACUCCUCUCUACCUUCUCUUGCCUUUCUCUUUCUCUCUCUCUUUCUCUUUCUCUCUCUGCUUCUGACUCUCGGCUCUCCACUGCCCUCCUCUCCUCUCCUGUCCUCUCCUCUCCCCGCUUUGUUUCCAAACCUCUUCUCUCUCCCCCCCUUCUUGUCUCCCCUCAUACCCUUUUGCUAAUGGAUGAAGACUCACUGGUCUAAAAACUAAAGCACAGAUUCAACAGCCAGAUUUUAGCUGGCAAGGGAACCCUUAUAAGGGGAAAAACCCAGAGGACAAACAUGUGUAAAAAUAACUGAGAACGGGACACCAUCAAUGAGUCCCACCUUCAGUUGAACAAGGACAUCCGUGUGGGCAUGCAGACGAUAGCGCAGUCGGAUUUGACCUUUGAACUCUGAUAGCUGAUAUUCUGAGACUGCCUCUUCACACUGCCACAGCGAAGGACUGUGAUUGUCACUGGACAGACUUGUGUGUGACUUUUGGAAAUGAACAACUUGGUCAGCCGGGAAAAAAAAAACCAAAGGAGCCCGAAUUAUUUAAAAACAAAACAAAGACAUUUGUUUAGAACAAACUAAAAAAAGUGCCACGACGGAGGAGAGGAUAGAACAAGGGAUGAUUAUGACGAAGAAGAAGAAGAAGAAGUAUCCACGCCUUUCCUCUGAUACUGCUCCUCCCCUGCGCUCCCGAUUAUGAGUCCGACCCGAAAAGCUACAGAGGGGGGAAAAACAAAAAACAGAUGAACAAAACACACUGUUUAGAUUUGUGACCUCAGUGCGUGCGAUUCGAAAGGGCUGCGGUGGAACAUUGACAUGUUCCGUGUUCCGUGUUCCGUUCCCCGCUGCUCCUGGCUCUGCACACCGCUCUUAAUCUCUCACUCUCUCUUCUUCAGUCUCUUUUUGCACAAUGGCGGCGACUUCCGACUGGGCCUGGAGUUCUCCCCACUCCACGCUCUCACCCGGAAGCUCGGUCUGUCCCCUUCGGGACAGCCACCUUCACCUGCCUCAAGAGCUGAACCCAAACACACAAACAUCGACAAAACCGUGACGUGGAAAAAAAAUGGACUACACACAACACAACACAAAUGACAACAGCAUAAUCAAACGUGCCCAGUGCCGACGAACGGCAGAGAGAGACGAUUAGAGCCGCCCUCCUUUCUGUUGACCUUUCACCUUUCUUUUGCCUUGACAACGUGCCCCAUGUGGUGAUGUGAAUGUGUGAAGACCGGCCUAGGUCCACCUUGGGUCUUUAUUGGCUUUUUAAGCGCAUGUACUUCAAUUUAAAAAUGAAAAAAAAAAUCUACAAAAAAAGAACAAAAAAAUGGAAUCUAGAGAAAUUAAGCCUUGCCAUGAUGAUGUGGAUGUGUUCUUUUUUUUCUUUUGCUCGGAACCAGACGGAAAUGGAAAAAAAGUGGAUAGUCAUGUUGAAACUUAACUUCCGUUAAGGUGGAAACUUUAUCCCAGUACACCCAUUCAGCCAUCAAAUACCAUGUUUGGUGGAAGUGUUAAAAAUCAAAUACUUUUGUUUUUUUAUUACAGAUGGUACCUUUAAACAAAUAUAGUAUAUACCCUUGCAUGUUGACCUAUUUGGAUGUUAUGAAAUGGAACUGCCUUGCAAACAAACCUAUUUAUCGAACAAUACUAGAAGUUUUUUGAAAUGACACACAACCAAACUCUCCUCUUAUGUUUUUGGACUGUCUCUCUGAUGUUGUUCCAUUAUCAAUGGUUCCUGAUAGCAGAUAUGUCUUGGCAGGUGGGAUGUCUUUCAAUGAAUUGACAGCUACCAUCAACUUAGAUGUAUGAUGAUUGAUUUCCUCAAGGCAUGUUCUAACAUUUGCUAAGGGGGUAUUAUGAAGCAGUCCAAACACUGCUCUAACAAGUUAGUUCUGUUCUUCCUCUCUCUAUAGUUUACAUAUUACAGAGUUUUCCCUGUAAGCUAUGAGGAUUUAAAUAAAAGAUAUAUGUAUUUUAUGUACUUUAAUUAGAUUCUGAAUGUUUUUUUAUCAUUUCUUGUAUGUUUUUUGGAUUGUUCCUUUAGAGGUGCUUCGGUACAUCAUUCGUCGUGUGAGUGGAUCUCAGAUGUAGCAAGUUACUACUGCUGGUUUUUGCCUUCCAUGCACUGAAUUAUUUUUUCCACAAAUUAGUAUUUUGCGUUUGGUUUCAUUAUAGAUGUCAGAAUUUGGUUUCUGCUUUUUCAGUAAUUUGUGAAUUUGUUUUGUUGAAAUCUGAUAUUUUUUUAAAACGGGUUUAUAACUGUAAUAUUUUUUUCAAGAGUCCACACAUGUCUACAGUUGAAAAGAGUGCAGUGUGUUGUAUAUCUCGAUACCCUUUGGGUUUAGGGGCUUAGUCAUGUGGCUGUUUGAGGAUGUCACUAAUGUUCUAUGUCCAAACUCAAAAUUACCCACUAUGUGAAUUGUACACAAUAUCGUACAAAAGCAUAUUUAUUGAAUUGGCUUGUCAUCAAAGCCUUUUGGUCAUAGUACAGAGAAAAGGCUUUCCGCCUUUGUCGAUGUUGACAUGGUUCCAGCCAUCCUUGGGACCUCCUCAUGAUUCGGCUCCUUCGUGUCACUUUGUGAUCCAUUUCUCCAUGUAAAGCUGCAGCAGUCACCGUCCGCAAGGACUGACUACCGACGCACCCCCCCCAACCCAAACACCCCAAUACCUCCAAUUUACCUAUUGUCCAAAACAUCAGAUAAAGCUUCCACCUUAAACGUUUCUUAAGAACUUAAAAGCGUCCUUCUAGAGCUCAGUGUUAUAGUGGGUGUUCCAGAAACACGGUAGAAAAGACUUUUACUAUGUCCAGAUUUGAUGAGAGAUGAUGAGAUUCUUGUGAACAGAAGGGAAAACAGACAAACAAACCAAUAGGGAAAAAAAACAGGACACCGGGUGGAAAAAGGCGAGCUUCUCUAACUUUGUUAUAAUUAAUUGUAUACCUGUGUAUGUAAAUAUAAUGCAUUCCUAUUUUGCAGUCAAGAACAAAAUACUAUUUGUAAUAUAGAAUA